GCGCGCGCUUUCUCGACGCACCUGGCUGCCGUGAGCCGUGGCCGAUUGAUUCGGUUUAGAUCGUAAAUUUGAAUUUCGCAGCGACGGGAAGCAAUUCAAGCAAUUUGCAAAAGGUAAUUUGUUGAGAUUUAGGCCGCUGUCUGAAAAUGCGGCCCCGUCCUCUUUCGCGGUUCGGCUCGUGGAGUACGGCGGUUAAACCGUAGCGCGUGAAAUUUGCUAGUAUUUUCAAUACUCUUCCUUCUCCGACAGUCCGGUUCGUCGCACUCGGCGAACGUCCGAUCUCGGAGGUUUUAUCAGAUUUCCACUAUGGCGGAUAAUAGCAAAGUGGUCUCGAGACCGAAGGUUAGAUUCUGCCAGUUCUCCGACGUUGCGCGAAACGAGGAGCGGACCGUCGGACGUCGCGAGCAACAGGCUGUCGAGCCGGCUGCGCGGGCGAGCGGGCCAACAGUCAAAGAAAUGGUAACGCUUAGCAAGCCCAUCAGAGUUGUAGAUCUCGCAAGAUCCACGAAUGUCGAUGGCAACGUACCUCAGAAUCCCCUGAAUCCUCUGCACGUGUCUCUAAGUAAUUGCAACGUUGACAACGUCGACCCCUCGCAUUACGGCACUGCGCUCGCCGGCGUUCGGAAUUCAUCUCCCUCCGACAAGGAUGCGGCGAAAGUCGCGAUGAUCGUGUGCGGCGUAAACGGUGGUCGGAAUGUCGAGAAUGUUGGGGCAGAGGAAAAUUGUAGAACGUCGCAGCUUGAUAAGAGUUCGCGAGACGACGUUGCGAGAGUCGGUGCAAAGUAUCUGCGACAAAAGGGGAAAGUGAGCAAAGGUGACGAUCGCGUGGAAAAGGCAAACGCGAGGCCGGCGUUCAAAGUGCCAAAAAUAACGAAGUCGCAGUCUGCACCAAGCGUUAUGAAAAAAAUGUUCCAAGGGGGAACCGCAAAGCCUUCGACUACUCGGUCUCGUGUUACGUCGCGUAGCGAUUACAAGACUGUAGCGAAAAACAAAGUGCCUCCAGUCAAGAAGAUUGUUUUUCGUAACGUGUCGGGUCCCAACGUCAAAACGUCUGUGGUAUCGCGGGUUUCUCGCAGGGAACAGAUUGAUGCGAGACCAAGCGAGGCAAGUGAGAGACGUAUUGUUCAACCGGCUCUAACCGUGCAAGAUUUGACGCAACCAGAGUACAACUCGAUCAUCUGUACCAUUAAUAAGCUGAAAGAACUUGAACAGCAGAAGAUUGUCGCGGACAUCAGUCAUUUACCACCUGCGCUGAAGAACUUUCUAAACGGAAAGAUCUCCGCAGCACUCGAUUUCCCGUUGGACGAGGCGAUUUACCAAAAUUUAGUGGAUUUGAGUAUAGACGAGAGACAAUUGCCGUCCACUAUUACGCGAAGCAAGGAUCCGGAACCACGGCAAAAGGAUUUAGCGCCGAAGCUCGACGACUUUUUCACGCCUGAAGAUACAUUAGAGAUUUGCGAGGCAGUGCACGUUAAAUCCCGAGCGUCGAAGAUCGACGAUAAUUGGAACGCCUUUAAAAUAAGCGAUAGGAUACUCGAAUGGAAGUACAGUAUAGAUUAGUGCAUAUAUAUCUCUCUUUCUCUCUCUCUUCCCCCACAUAUAUGUAUAUAUAUAUAAACAUACAUGUACAGUCUUAUCUGAUAGAAAUGUGGUAAACCUUAUGAAUGAAAAGUACAAGAAAAAUAUCAACUUGAUCGCCUGGUAGAGAUACAAGGAUGUAAUUUACUCGAUAUGUAUUUGGUAUAAUUUUUUUAUAACGGACUAAUAAAUUAUAGACAUAAUUUUA